GUCUGGGAAGAUGGUAAGGCACCUGUAGGACCAUGCGCCACACAAUGCAAGGUGGCUUUCUCCUCCUGGCCUCCUGCUGCUCCCUCCUGAGUGUUGCCCCCAUUUCAGCCUGCCCGGCUCGCUGUGAGUGCGUCCCUCAGCUCAGGUCUGUCACCUGCCAUCGGAAACGCCUCACUUCCGUCCCGGAGGGCAUUCCAACGGAGACCAAGGUCCUGGAGCUCACCAAGAACCGCAUCCGCUGCUUGAACCCGGGGGAGCUGUCCUCGUUCCCCAUGCUGGAAGAGCUGGACUUCAGCGAGAACAUUAUCACCAACGUGGAGCCGGGGGCCUUCAGCAACCUCUUCAACCUCCAGGUCCUGCGGUUACGGCGCAACCAGCUCAAGCUGAUCCCAGCAGGCGUCUUCCACAAACUGACCAAUCUUACCCUUCUAGAUAUUAGUGAGAACAAAAUCGUCGUCCUUCUGGACUACGUGUUUCAAGACCUGAGAAACCUGAAGCACCUGGAAGUAGGGGACAACGACCUGGUUUAUAUCUCCCGAAAGGCCUUCUCUGGCUUGGUCAGCCUCCAGGAGCUGACCAUUGAGAAAUGCAACCUGACCGACCUCUCUGCAGAUUCCCUCUCUCGCUUGCAAAACUUGGAGGUCCUCCGGCUGAAACACCUCAGCAUCACCCUGGUCGAAGAUCAGAACUUCAGGAAGCUUUAUGAUCUGCGGCUUCUGGAAAUUGACAACUGGCCAUCGCUGGAGGAUAUUUCACCCCACGCCUUCCAGGGGCUCAACCUCACCUCCCUGUUCAUCACGUUCACCAACAUCACAGCAGUGCCAACGACAGCCCUGAGGAGCCUGGUGCACCUCGUGUACCUGAACCUGUCUUACAACCCCAUCAGCGCCGUGCCGAAGGGCGCCUUCAGGGACCUCGUCAGGCUCAGGGAGCUCCACAUGGUGGGUGCCCUGCUGGCUUCAGUGGAGCCCCAAGCGCUGUAUGGAUUGAGGCAAAUCCGUCUCCUGAACUUCUCCAACAAUUUCCUGUCCACUUUGGAAGAAAGCACCUUUCACUCUGUCAACACCCUGGAAACCCUCCGGGUAGACCAGAACCCUCUAGUCUGUGAUUGCCGCCUGCUCUGGAUCCUGCAGCGCCGAAAGACAUUGAACUUUGAUGGGCAGCCACCCACAUGCUUCUCGCCGCUCGAAAUUCAGGGCAAUGCCCUGCGCGACUUUCCAGACUCCGUCCUCUUUGAGUAUUUCACCUGCCAGAAGCCCAAAAUCAGGAACCGCAACCUCCAGCGCGUGACGGCUUACGAGGGGCAGGCGGUGUCCUUCCAGUGUCGGGCGGAGGGGGAGCCGGUGCCCUCCAUCAGCUGGGUGUCUCCUCAGCAUAGGAUGAUCACCUCCAAAAGCUCGGGUCGGGCCACCGUCUCAUCCAGUGGAACGCUGGAGAUCUACUACGCCCGGGCCCAGGACAGCGGGACCUACAUUUGCAUCGCUAGCAAUGCUGCUGGCAACGACACCUACUUUGCCACGCUGACUGUCAAAGGGCACUCUGUUGAUAGCGUCCUUGACGCAAACCGGACCUUGAUUCUCAGCGAGUUCAAUGGCACUUCCCACAACGACACCCAGGUCUCCAUAAAGUUCACGUUAGACCUCAAGACCAUCCUGGUGUCCACGGCCAUGGGAUGCAUCACCUUCCUGGGCGUGGUCCUCUUCUGCUUCCUCCUCCUCUUUGUUUGGAGUCGGGGCCGUGGGCAGCACAAGAAUAACUUCUCUGGGGAAUACUCCUUCCGCAAGGUGGAUGGCCCAACAGCAGCCUCCGGGCAGGGCGGAGCCAGGAAGUUCAACAUGAAGAUGAUUUGAACACCUGGCGGGUGAAGCUCUGUCCGUGGUGGAAGGGGGCUCCUGUCACUGCUGCCAAUAAGGCAGGUGGUACA